UCAAGCAAAACUAUCAAAUUUCUCUAGAACUAGAUCUAAAGUCACCAUGGAGAGCAUGUGUGGGAUAUUUCUGUUGGCAUGCUGACAAGCUACCUAUCUGAGUACCUACAUAAGUAUCACAUAUCACAAACAGUACAGUAUUAUAGCUUAACUGUUUGUUUCAAUCCUACAUAGAAAUUAUUUGGCUCAAAUACUGCUAGAGUCUAGUACGACGCCUGCUGUCAAUUAACAAGUGAAUCAUUUGGCUCUAUAGCUAUAGUGGAACUAAUAACUAAUACGCGCAAUUGAGUCACAAGAAUGCUAGUCAAUCGGACUAUUGUCUGCGAUGAAAUUGGUAGAGUGUUGUCAGGAUACGAGCUUUGGUGGGUGUAUAUUGUAGCAUCUGUGUUACUCUACGCAGUGGGCUUCGGUCUCAGUUCUUCUGUAUACGGCCUCUACUAUUUCACCAAAUACAAACGACCAUCUCAUGGACAACAAAAAUCAAAGAGAUUAAAGGAAUUCAAUAGCUAUUUCAAACUGCUCAUUUCUGGUGACACCAUCCCUAGUAAAAUCUUGAUUACUUCAACGUUAGCCUGCAAUAUCAUCUUCUUGAUACUGACUGUGUAUCGUGCAUAUGUUCCUCAUCUAGUAGAGUACUGUUUUGAGCUUUCUGAGUCACCUGAGAAAAUCAUCGAACUUUUGGUUGUUCUUGAACUCAUUGGCUUCGCUGUAAUUCGACUGUUUGCUACAAAUAACAUAGCUGGAUAUUGGCUGGAUAUUUACACCAUCACUGAUAUAUUGACUCUCCCUCAUAUCUUUGUGUCCGUGACGCUGGGUGUGGAUUGGUUGGGGCUAAGAUCUGCUCGCUUCUUCUGGCUAACUCAGUUGAUUACAGUGUUCAGAUUCAUUCCUCGAAUUCGAUCUCAGGAUAACAUUGAUAUCCUUUCUAUUGGUGUGUACUUCUUUGUGUUACUCUUGUUUGGAACUGGAAUUUUUCAUCUAUUGGAGUACUCGAAUGAUCCUUGGGAACCUCACGAUGCUAAAAAUGCCACUGCGUUCCUAAGCUACGCAUAUUUCAUCAUUGUUACCAUCACUACUGUGGGAUAUGGUGAUAUAACGCCCAAAACAGCAUUCGGACAGGUAUUCAUGGUGGUAUACAUUGUUAUCGGCUUGGCUUUCUUUGCUGCACUCCUCCCAAUAAUGAGUGAUGUGGCAUCUAGCAUUAAAGCUAAAAAUCUGUAUGCAAAGUUUGACAAAAAGAAAGCUUCACGUCAUGUGAUUGUUUGUGGCCACAUCACUGCAUUUACUGCUCAGGCGUUUCUCAAGGACUUCCUGCACCCUGAUCGAGGAGACUCAAACACACAUGUCCUUUUCCUCCAUCCAACUUGGCCAAAAACAGACUUGAAAAAUGUUCUCAGAUCGUACUACACUCGAGUUCAGUAUAUUGCUGGGUCUGUUCUUAACAGUAAACACCUCCAAAAGAGCAAGCUAUUUAGUUCCUCUGCUGUUUUCAUUCUUGCAGACAAGUACACAAACAAUCCAUUGGAGGAAGAUAACGGCAACCUUCUGCGAUUGGUGUCUAUCAAGAACACUACUACAGAAAUCCCAGUGAUAAUACAGCUUCUUCUUGGCUCGAGCAAGAAACAGGUCAAGAACAUUGAAGGAUGGAAUCCUGGUAGUGACAUUGCUGUCUGUUUGAACGAGCUGAAGCUUGGAUUACUGGCUCAGAGCUGUCUGUGUCCUGGAUUCUCUACACUAAUUGCCAACCUCUUCUACACAUCUGAUUUCCCAGCUCUCACAUCAUUUGAAGGUCUGAAUGCUUGGAAAGAAGAUUACAUCGAGGGUGCUUCAAACGAGAUUUACACCACACAUUUUUCUCCCAGUUUUGAAGGAAAAAACUUUCAAGAAACUGCUCACAUUUGUUACAAUAAGCUCAAACUUAUCUUGUUAGCAUUUGAGUCACCAAAUGGUAAACUCCGUAAAUUUCAUGUAAAUCCUUCAGAUGUCAGCAUCGUUGUGAAAAGUGGAUUGCAUGGCACUCGUGGCUAUUUCAUUGGACAGGAUAUUCGUCAAGUGGCUGUUGUCAAUUCCUACUGUGAAGUAUGUAAUGGAGAUAUGACAAAUUGCAUGCAUAAUGUGAUCGCAGCGAAUCCGAAGCUAUGUAGUGGUUAUGAACCCCUUAAAGAAGUUGCUUCUCUACCGAGAAAGUACCCCCUGAACAGACACAAGAGCUACAUGGUAGUCAGUUUUACACCUUCAACGGACGAUAAUUUCGAAGAACUUGACGAUCAAUUCAGUACCUACAUCCACGAGCCUAAAAAGCUGCAAGAUUCACUCCUCCAAUCUGAUUUCGAUAUAAUCGAAAAAGAUCCAGAAUCUAUGCCCAAUUUAGAAAAUCACAUUGUGCUCUGUGUAUUUGCUGAUGACAAGUCGCCACUUUUAGGCCUGCACAACUUUCUCUUUCCACUCAGAAACAAGAAUAUUCCAAGGCAAUCUAUGAAAUCUGUUGUCAUUGUCAGUCAAAGACCAUUCUUAAAACGUGAAUGGCCGCUCAUACGAAGCUUUCCUGAAGUGUAUGUGGUUGAAGGAUGCCCAUUGCGAAUUCAAAAUCUUCAAGCUGCCUCCAUCGACUCUUGCAGUGUGUGCAUCAUCACCACCACGCUCUCAGCUGACAGUGACGAACCAGCCAUCAAUGACAAAGAAGUGGUCCUCUGCAGUCUCAGCAUUCAAAAGUACCUCAAGAGAAAUGCCACACGUCAAGUCCAGAUAAUUGCUGACCUUCGACAGGAAUCUAAUGUGCAGUUCCUCGACUUUGGAGAUGAAGACGAACCAGACGAGAGAAUCUACAAAGCUCAACCAUUUGCGUGUGGAGAAGCAUUUUCAGUUUCUAUGAUGGACUCUGUGACAAGUUCUGCAUUCCACAGUCCAGGCACCUUGUACCUUGUGGAAGACCUGAUCCAGUGUACGGGCACCAAGGCAACCUGUCAGAUUGUGGGCGUUCCCCUCAAUUCAGAAGAGUAUGACGGCAAGACGUUCCAAGAUUUGUACAACCUCCAGCUGGACAAGAACAACCUCGUUCUCGGACUGUAUCGCAAGCUACCAGGCACUCAAGAGGUGUACGUCAACAGUGGUGCUUCAAUUUCCAGCAGUGAAGAAAGCCAAGGGAAACACUAUGUGAUCACAUCGCCCAAUCGUGAAAGUUUGCUGAAUUCAAGCGACAUUGCAUUUGUGUUGGUAAACAAAACAAUACAUGUAGAACUAAGUUAAGAUGACUUGCCCCCUCGUAUAAUUAUGCAGACAGUUAGCUACAUUGUGUGUGCACGCAAAAGACUAUUGUACGUUUAAUGUACAAUCAUUAUUUUAAUUGCUUGUUUUUUUGUUCAUAGAUCUAUGAUUUAAUGUGCUGUGUUUGUUA